AAUAAAACCAAAUACCGGUUUUGUAACAAAACAACCUUCAUUUCGUUCUAAUCCUCCACCAUAAAACCUCAUUAGUUUAUUAUUAUCACGUGUGUUGAAAAAAUCAAAGAUAAGAAACUCCCCAAAUUGGCAAACUCCCAGUGUUCCACGAUGACAGUCAAACGCUACAAACACCUCCUCAACACUCGCAUCCCUAUCACAAAAUGGCUCCCUCUCUACACCCUCCCAACCCUGUUUCAAGACCUCCUCGCCGGGAUCACAGUUGGCAUGACUGAAAUCCCUCAAGGCAUAGCCUACGCGAUCGUGGCUGGCCUUCCCCCGGAAUAUGGACUCUACUCCGGCCUCAUCGACGGCUUCAUCUACGCUAUUUUUGGGGGCUGUAAAGACCUCAAUAUUGGCCCCACGUCCAUCCUCUCGCUCAUGCUGCAGCCCCAUGUGGCCUCCAUGGGCCCCGACGCCUCCACACUCAUGACUUUUAUCUCCGGAAUUAUCAUUUUCUGUCUUGGAGUCAUGCAUUUGGGUUUCGUUAUUCAGUUUUUCUCGUAUCCGAUCAUAGCCGGCUUUAUAUGUGGAGGAUCGUUCCAAAUUGCGUCCUCGCAGCUCAAAAGUUUGUUUGGAAUUCCGGGAAAAAACGGCAAUUUUCUCGAGAGUUGGACGAGUGUUUUUGAGAAUUUUUCACAAGUGAGGAAAUGGGAUACGGUGCUGGGGGUCACGUCUAUUGUGGCUUUAGUAGCGUUGAAGGAAAUUCGUGUUUUCGGGAGUCUCCACCACCGCCCCGACUGGUCCCCCCGUCGCAAUUUCCUCGGAAAACUCAUUUUCCUCCUCUCCCUCGCCCGCAACGCCCUCAUUGUCAUCAUCGGAACCCUCAUCUCCUACUACUUAUACGACCAGAAACCGUUCAAGAUCACCGGAAAAGUCAGUGGGGGUUUCCCCCCUUUCAAACCACCCCCAUUCUCCACCAACUUCACCGGAACCGAAUCCACUUUCAGCGACAUGGUCCAAGGCUACGGCGUUUCCUUCAUUUUCAUCCCUUUGUUAUCAAUCCUCGAGGCCGUGUCGAUAGCGAAGGCUUUCAGUAAAGGCCGCAAACUGGACGCGACGCAAGAAAUGCUAGCUUUGGGCCUUUGCAACACUUUUGGCUCGUUUUUCGGGUCGAUGCCAGUGACCGGAUCUUUCACCCGGAGUGCUGUUAAUAACGCGUCCGGAGUUAGGACUCCGUUAGCCGGAAUUUUCACUUCUUUACUCCUCCUUGUAGCUAUAGCUUUUCUUACCCCCACGUUCUAUUAUGUGCCAAAAGCGACCCUUGCAAGUGUCAUAAUAGCAGCGAUGUUUUAUUUGUUCGAUUUUGGGGCCUUUUCCUUGCUUUGGAAAACCAAAAAACUCGAUUUGGUCCCCUUUUUGACCACUUUUCUCUGCAGUCUUUUCCUUGGAGUGGAUUAUGGGAUUUUAAUCGGAGCUUCGAUUAAUUUACUUUUCGUUUUGUAUGCAAGUGCACGACCUAAAUUUACCAUAACUAAGGAAAAAAUCCCAAAUGAUGGAAGCGAUAUUUAUGUAAUCACCCCGAGGGACACUCUAUUUUUUCCAGCAGCUGAGUUUUUAAGAGAUACAGUAUUGGAAUGUGAAGGUGACCAAGUUACGGUCAUUAUUAAUGGAAAAUAUAUCAGAAAUAUGGACAUAACUGUGGCUAAAAGUAUUUCUGUGCUAGCCCAUGAGCUCAAUUUACGUAAAUCUAAAGUCAUGUUUGUUAAUUUCAAGGAAUCGGUGAUGAAAAUUUGUCUAGGAGUUGAUAAAAAACUAGAGAAUUAUUUCUUCAGUGAAGAAUAUUACAACAGUGUGAUUAAAGAUACUUCCCACGAACUGGAUUCUUCCAAACUGUGAUUAUUUUAAGUGUUGCCAAUAAAAAAUAAAAUUACCAGUGA